CCCUCUGCGCUCCGAGUUUUCACUCCUCAGUCCUCACCAUCGUUCAUUUCCAUUGAAAAGCCAAACCUCUCUCUCUCUCUCUCUCUCUCCACCAUCCACACCGUCGUCUAUCAACUUAUCAGUGGUGUUCCGAACCUGUCAAUGGAGAGGGCAGAGAAAAAUCCACGUCUUCGUCGAUUUUCAACUGUCUAGGAAUUCGGCAUAGUUGCGCGAGUGGAAUCCCUCAACUUACGUUUCUCUAUCUGGAAGCAUGGAAAUCAACAACAGCCGCAAUAGUAGCAGCAUUAUGUGGUUUUUCAAGGACAAAGGCUUCGAUGAUAAAAGUAUUAAUGUAAUGUUCAAAAAGUGCAAGCGACUUGAGGGUGCACAAAGGCAGAGGGCCCUUGAAAAUUGGGAUUACUUGAGAAAUAUCGGCAUCCAAGAAAGAAAGCUUCCUUCUGUUGUAUCAAAGUGCCCCAAAAUACUUACUAUUCAUUUGGACGAGAAGCUUAUCCCCAUGGUUCAGUGCCUUGCAACAUUGGGAACAAAACCCAGGGAGGUUGCUUCUGCUAUUACCAAAUUUCCUAACAUACUUUCCCACAGUGUCGAAGAGAAGCUUUGUCCGCUCCUAGCUUUCUUUCAAGCUCUUGGGGUGCCUGAAAAGCAAGUUGGUAAAAUGAUACUGCUCAAUCCUAGAAUUAUUAGCUACAGCAUUGAAUCAAAGCUUUCGCAGAUUGUGGAUUUUCUAGCCAGUCUUGGCCUCAGCGAAGAAGGGAUGAUCGGUAAAGUUUUGAUGAGAAAUCCAUAUAUGGUGGGUUAUAGUGUUGACAAAAGGCUACAGCCCACUUUGGAAUUUCUGAAGUCAAUAGGACUGACAGAACUGAAUCUUCAAAAAGUUGCAGUUAAUUUUCCUGAAGUUUUGUGUAGAGAUGUCGACAAGAUCCUGAGACCUAAUUUUACGUACCUAAGGGGAUGUGGGUUUGAAGGUGGACAGAUAGUGGCUAUGGUGACUGCUUAUCCCCUAAUUUUGAUCAAAAGCAUUAAUAACUCCUUAGAACCACGCAUAAGGUUCUUGGUAGAGGUAAUGGGGAGACGAAUUGAAGAAGCUGCUGAUUAUCCUGACUUUUUCCGGCAUGGUUUCAAAAAAAGAUUGGAGUUAAGGCAAAAGCUUUUGAAACGGAAGAACAUACAUUGUAGCCUGAGUGAAAUGCUAGACUGUAAUCAGAAAAAGUUCCUAAUGAAGUUUUCAUUAUAGCGAGCAAUUUCCGUAAGGUAAUAUAUGCACACCCUCUGGCCCUUCCUUUUUCCUUCAUUUCUCUUUGGGGUGAUUUGUUUACUUUAAUCUUGCAGUGAGCGUCUCUCUUUUGAGUUUAAGUUGUAUUCAACUCCGGAUAGAUCAUUGUGGAUAAACGUUUGUAUUGCAUGGCCGUCUGAACUUGUGGGCUAAUUACUGUAGGAGCUUACUUUUAGUAUCAAUGAAACACAACUUGGUUGCCCUCAUCCAUUUUUUGGUGAUGUGUUUCCGUCUA